UUCUAGUGUAGAUUUAACUAAAUAUUUGCUUACACUAUUGGAGGAACAAUGCAUUUCAGUUCAAAUGCAAAGCAGUUUGUUCUCCUUCUCAUUGUUGGAAUUGUUUUGCUUCUGGGGUAUGUUCACCUUAGCUUCCUCAAUGAAAGGCUCAAUGGAGAUAUCCCAGUUGAUGAGGACCAGAGGAACACCAGCCUGAGUAAGUCCAUAUUCAGGAGCAGAGAACAGAACAUCAUCUCUCCAGAAAGGCUAUUGUACAAGCAGCCCAGUGUCUUGGUGGGUCGUACUGAUGUGGUGGCAGUCACCCCAUGGUUGGCACCCAUCGUCUGGGAAGGAACCUUUGACCCUGACCUCAUCGACACAAUCUACAAGUCCAUGAACCUCACCAUAGCAACCACAGUGUUUGCCGUUGGAAAAUACGUCCGCUUUCUCCGAGAUUUCCUAGAGACAGCAGAGAAGCACUUCAUGGUCGACUUCAACGUGCGUUACUACGUUUUUACAGAUCGUCCCGACGAUAUUCCAUCAGUGAACCUGUCACAGGGGAGACAUUUAAGUGUGAUCCAGGUGCCAGGUUCAAACCGCUGGCAGGAGAUAUCAGCCCGGAGGAUGGAGAUCAUCCAGACAACAAUCGAACGUCAGAUCAGCAGGGAGGCUGACUACAUCUUCUGUCUGGACGUGGACAGCAAGUUCUACGCUCGCUGGGGAGCCGAGUCUCUGGGCAGGCUGGUUGCUGUGAUUCACCCAUGGUUCUACCAGGCGACCCGUGACCACUUCACAUACGAACGGCGUCCAGCCUCGACAGCCUACAUCCCCAUGGAUGAGGGAGAUUACUACUAUGCCGGGGCCCUGUUCGGAGGAUUCGUGGAGGAUGUGUACACGCUAACAACGGUCUGUCGGAACCAGCUUGAAGAGGACGCGAAGAAUUCCAUCGAGGCUGCAUGGCAGGAGGAGAGUCACCUCAACAGGUACCUGCUUUACAACAAGCCCAGCAAGCUGUUGUCUCCCGAGUACCAGUGGGAUGACAAGAAGACCAAAACCAAAGAGGUCAAAGUCAUUCGCUUCUCUUCUGUCGUUAAAAACUAUGCUGAAAUUCGUCCCAAUGUAUAGGACUAGGAAUUGGAUAUUCGACUGACAGAAGAAAAACUGAAUUGAUUAUGGAUAAUGUUAGGUUAAAUUGUCGUGGAAAUUCCCUUAAUUACCAAAUGAUGAGAGAGCAAAUCACACACCAGUCAGAGUUAUGCUUAAUCUUCACCUUUAAUCAUAAUUAAGCUUUCGCAAUAGCAUUUUGACUUUCAACAGUUCAGUAUCUCUAAUGAAAAGUUGAGAGUGCCAACAUAAUAGCAAAUG